GAAAAAAAUGUGGAGAAGAAGAUACGUGAUUAGAGAAAAUAGUCAUCUGACUGAUUAAAUUCAAAUAUAAUUUUAUUUGGGUUAACCUAAAUAAUAAAACAACAGACAACCCGAAUCAUCCUCACCACCUUCCCCUAUUUAAAAUUCAUAUUGCAACUUCUCCCUCCGAUCAACUCUUUCGUACAAAACGAAGCAGAAAAGAGUGAAACUGAAAACCAUGGGAGAUGGAGAAAAACCAACACAUUUCUUCUCCGGACAUCCCCGUCAUUGAUCUAUGUAGUCCCGAUGAAGAGCUUGUGGCAAUUGCGGUGGUCAAAGCGAGCCAAGAGUGGGGGAUAUUUCAGGUGGUUAACCACGGAAUCCCGACCGAGCUGAUACUGAGGUUGCAACAAGUGGGGAAGGAGUUUUUCGAGCUACCGGAGACAGAGAAGGAAGCCGUAGCGAAGCCAGAGGACUCCUUGGAAGAUCUUGAAGGUAGAAACGCAUGGGUGGAUCAUCUCUUUCACCGCAUCUGGCCACCGUCUAGAGUCAACCACAAAUUCUGGCCUAAGAAUCCUCGAGAGUACAUUGAAGUGAAUGAGGAGUACGCAAGUCACAUAAAGAAGCUAUCGGAGAAAAUCAUGGAAUGGUUAUCAGAAGGACUAGGUUUAAGGCGUGAGGCAUUGAAGGAAGGUCUAGGCGGCGAAACGGUUGAGUAUCUAAUGAAGAUCAAUUACUAUCCGCCGUGUCCAGAUCCGGAGUUGGUCGUGGGAGCUCCCGAUCACACUGAUGUCAAUGGAAUCACACUCCUAGUCGCUAAUGAGGCUUUAGGACUUCAGGCAUUCAAAGAUAACCAAUGGAUCGACGCCAAGUAUACCACUUCCGGGAUCAUUGUCAUCAUCGGCGAUCAAUUCUUGAGAAUGAGCAAUGGGAAGUAUAAGAGUGUGGAGCAUAGGGCGAAGAUGGAUAAGGAGAAGACGAGAAUCUCGUGGCCGGUUUUUGUGGAAUCUAGCCUUGAUCACGUCUUCGGACCUUUGCCAGAGCUAAUUACCGGUGAUGAGAACAUUCCCAAUUUUAAGCCUUACGUCUACAAAGAUUACAAAUUUCGUAAGCUUAAGAAGCUUCUUCUCGAAUGAGAAAGUCUCAUAAUACCAUCAACGGAUGAGAGAUCAUGAAUAAAUUUUUUCUUUAUUGGGUUAUUUCGUCUGCCUUAAUAAGUUUUAUCUAUUUAUCAAAUUACAGCAUUGUGUGUGUGUGGCGUGUUUACGUAUUUGAAUAUUAAUCAAUUUGGAAUGUAACGUUGAAACUGCAUUUAUUAUUUAUUGUUAAGAUAUUCAUGGGGUGUAUCUUUAUCA